AAUUGUUCUACUACAACAGAACGCACCUGCAUAGCAACCCGAAUAAACUGUUUAAUAAAUUAUCCUUUUAAAUCCGAAAAAUGGAUCAAACAAAAAGACCACUGUUGAUUCCGCCGGAAUUUGCAACAUACGCAGAGCAACAUGGAGUAUUUGAUUUGUACAAAAGGCUGUUGGAGCAGGUUAUUAUUAACAAACCACCUAAUCCAAUAGCAUUUAUGAUAGAUAUGCUGAAACGAGACAACAAUGAUGUGCCACAAAUUGUUAUUCUUGGACCACCAGCUUCUGGUAAGAGGACAAUAUCCAAAAUGGUAUCCAAUAAGCUACGUACUGCUCACCUUACACCUGACAAUCUUGUAUCAGAGGCUGAAACAGAUAUCAAAUCUGAAGCCCAAGCUUUCAUUAAAAAGAAUCAGACUCUACCCACAGAACUUUGGGUUAAGAUUUUGGAAGAACGUAUGAAGUUAUUUGAUUGUGUAAAGAAAGGUUGGGUAAUGGAAGGAUUUCCACAAACUAGGGAACAGGCCCAAGCACUACAAGCAAUUGGCAUCUUUCCAAAACAUUGUGUGAUACUAGACUCUCCUGAUACUGUACUGAUUGAGAGAGCUCAAGGAAAGAGGGUUGAUCCUACAAAUGGAGAUAUCUUCCACACAACAUUUGACUGGCCUAGUAACCCAGAAAUACAGAAUAGAUUGAAGGAAGUAGAAGGCUAUACGGAGGAAGAUAUGAUCAACAAACUUAUUGAGUACCACAGACACUUUGAAGGCAUUUAUGACUGUUACAAAAAAUGCUCCAAAACUGUCAAUGCUGAUCAACCUAAAGCUGAUGUCUUUUCUCAAGUGUACACCUUCUUGAGCAGCCAGCUACGCUCGAAUGCACCUCACACACCCAGGAUUGUAUUACUUGGAGCUACAGGCUCGGGCAAAGGCGUUCAGGCAUCACUCUUAGCAAAUAAAUACAAUAUUGUAAAUGUAUCCUGUGGUAACCUUAUGAAGCAAGCUAUAGCUGAUGAGACGAAACAAGGUCUGGCUGCCAAGGCUUAUAUUGACAAGGGAAUGAUGGCACCAGACAACAUAGUGAUGACUAUACUGUCUGCACGUCUAGCACAGUUGGAUUGUGUCAGUAGAGGUUGGGUACUUCAUGGUUUCCCCCGCACAAGAGAACAGGCAGAAACUCUUACUAAAGAUGGAUUUUUACCUAACAGAGUUUUCUUCCUUGAUGUACCUAAUGAUUCUGUUAUGGAACGUCUUACAUUACGAGAAACGGACCCCAUCACUGGCGAACGCUACCACAAUCUCUAUAACCCACCACAAUCUCAGGAGGUUAAAGAGAGGCUUUGCAAGCAUCCAUCUGACACAGAAGAUGAGGUACGGAAGAGGCUUUCACAAUAUCAUGCCUACGUGGAGGAGAUUGCAGACUUUUACACUGAUGCCCAGCAUGUCAAUGCAGACCAAGAUCCUCAUACAGUGUUUGAAUGUAUUGAGAGUAUGGUGGUGAAUCCAUUGCCAAAGCAUUUCCCUUAAACACACAAACUUUAGUAACAUCAAAACCUUACCUUAUUAACAAAAGACUGUGCAGAUGAUAUGUUCCACCUAAAUAAUAAAUAAAUUAUAAUAAAAGAAACACAGAUUCAAAACUUUCAUAUGAAUGAUAGACUUAUGCAACUGCAUACAUG